CACACCAUACAUUUAUGACAAAAUUUGUUCGUCACAAUUAUGUGAUGUCAAAAUAUAGUGGUGUAAUAUGACGAACGAUUCUGUCAAAAUAAGCAAAUUAUGACAAAAUUAAUGACAAACUAAGUGACAACCUUGUUUUAAAUUUUUGUCACAUUUGACCUAUCUUGACGGCGAUAAAAUGACAAACCUUUGUGACAACACCUGUUGUCAUAUUAUACCUAAUAUGACUAAAAGUGUAUCUAAUAUGAUAAAAUUUCCUCGUCAUAAUAGGCCGAAUUUGUUUUAGUGAUUUGUUCGAGACCUGAAACUCUAUAAUAGGGGAUGCCUUCCCCCAUUCAAGAAAACUUAUUUUCAUUGAAAUUUUAGUUUCUUUGAGAGAGAAAGUAAAGAGAUAAGCUGAAGGAAAGAGAAGAAGAUAAGGAGGAGAAUGAGGAGCUAGAAGGAAGGAGCAUUUUCCCCAUUAAGCCUUCUCCAUUUUCUGCAAUGUUUCUUAUUCCCUCCUUUAUGGAGUAGUCCUCUAAGGUACUAGGGGUUAAAACCCACAAAUUCUAGAUUAGGUUUAUAAUCUAGAUGUAUGAAUUAUGUUAGGAUUUAUUAAUGGAAAAGUUUUUCUAGUGAUUUUAUUGCUUUAUUUAUGCUUGAUUAUGCUUGGGUAGUCGCCAUAGUCUUCCCUAUUAGCCUGCAACUAAGACAUUGCUAGGCCAGAGUUUUAGGGUUAGAAUGGGUAGCAACAACUAGAAUAUCAAGGGUAGAUGAAUGUUUUUAGGGUUUUGUAGUGGAAGAGGCAACAAUACCCUUUCUACAACAACGCCUUCCUAGACAAAUCUUAAAGGAAAUGCAAACGUGUAUCGAUCCGUCUCUUUAGCAUGUACGAUAUGUAGAACCUAUUGAAAUGAGCUAAAUUCGUAAUGCCCUAGAUACGUGAGCCUUUACUGAUAUGACAGUGGGUCUUCGGGGGUGUACUCAGCGGUAUGGGAUAAGGACGAAGGCCCACAAGAUUAGAAGCUCAAGCACUAUAUCGAUAAACCUAACAUAGUUAGUCAUUUGCAUGUUACACCUAAGAUAGGGCGAGGGAGUUACCCAAAAGUACUUGUUUUUAUCUCUGCUUCUACCUCUACCAGUAGUUCAACUUAAACCUCCAAAUAAACUUUGAAAAUCAAUAAGUUAGAUAACAAUAGAGCGGAAGUAAGCUAGGGUACUGAAACCUGUGGAAUACGACCUUGGUCAUCACUAUAGGUGUCAAAACAUAGCCCGACCCGAUUAACCCGCCCGAUCAACCCAACCCGCAACUCGACCGCAACCCGAAUUGACUAAAAGUCAACAACCCGUAACCCGCCCGACCCGCAACCCGAUUGACCCGCAACCCAACUAACCGGCAACCCGACUAACCCGCAACCCGAUUAACCCAAACCCGAGUGACCCGCAACCCGAUUGACCCGAACCCGACGAACCCGGAACCCGACCGACUCAACCCGAAUUUCAUCUAAUCCACUUGAAUAAUUAUAAAAAUAUACAAUACAUAGUUUUUCAAAAUAAAGUUUUUCAUUCUAAACUUAAGUAAAAUUAUUUUUUCAUUUCGUAUAAGAAAUUUUAAAAAUAUCAAACUCACUUGAUAUUACGUAUUUUAAGAAAAUUACAAAAAUUGAAACAUGAAGGUCACUUGAGAUCAUGAAAAUAUUAAUAUAAUAUAUAAAUUAAAAUUUUGGUUAGUUUAACUAUUCAAUAAAAUUAUCAAUAAAUAUAAAUAAAUUAAAAUAAUGUAUUUGGUAAAUUGAUGUUUUUAAAAGAAGAGGGAAAUUUUGAUGUAUUCAAGUUUUUGGGAAGAGAAAGAAGAGGGAAAUUUGGUUCUUUGAAUUUUUUAGAAAAGAAACAAGUGGGAAUUUUGGUGGUUUUGAUAUGUGGGAAGAGAAAGAAGUGGGAAAGUUUGAUUCUUUUGAUUAUGAAAGAGAAAUAAGGAGGGAAACUUUUGACUUUUCAACUUUUUGUAGAAGGAAAGAAGAGAGUAAUUUGGUUCUUUCAAUUUUAUGGAAGAGAAAGAGGAUGGAAAAUUGAGUUUUUCUAAUGUAUGGAAGGAGAAAGAAGGAGGAAAAAUUUUAGUAUUUUUGUGAAAAGAAAGAAGGAAACAAAUUUGGUGUUUUCAAUUUUUUGGUUUUUCAUAAUUUUAGCUUUUGAAAUAUGAAUCUUUAACUUUUAUAUGGAGGGCAUAUGACUAGUUAAAAUUAUUCUUAUAUGCUUUGAAGGCUAAUAUGUAUAUAUGUAUGUAAUUUUUUAUGGGCUAAUAAAUAAAUUAACCAUUAGUUACAACAAUUUAUACUAAACUUGAUAAGUAAUCUUUGACGGUUCGUUCUUUAGGAUAUAAAGUAUAUGGUUAGGGUAUAAGGUAUAAGGUACAUAUGGUUUAGGGUGUAUAUGGUUAGGGUAUAAGAUAUUGAUGGUUUUGACGGUUCUAAGUUUUUUAUUAACAUAUGUUCACUUGAAGUCAUUUGAAGUCUUUAACGGUAGGAGAUCCCUUUUUAAUUUAUGUUUAUGGUACGUGGUUAGGGUACAAGGUAUGUGGUGUAAAGUAUAAGAUAUAUGGUUAGGGUAUAAAAAUUAGCAAAUAUCACUUUUUAUCUAUGUUUUGAAAAUCAAAGUAUGAAUUUCACUUUUAAAUUAACUAUACUAGCAAAAUCACAACUCAAGGACAUAUGAUUAGGGUAUAGGUUAUGUGGUUAGUGUAUAAUGUAUUGAUGGUUUAGGGUAUACAAUCAACAACAUAUACUAACUUAAUAUUGUUGAUUGAGGGUAAAGCUAAGUGUAUAGGAUAUAUGCUAUUGAGUAAGUUAUGAUUGAAGUCACAAUAAUUUUACUAAAUUUGAUAGCUAAUCUUUAAUGGUUCAAUUUUUAGGAUAAUUCGAACAAUUUUACAAAUAACUCAUUUGGCAACAGUUUACUAAAGUUAUUUGGGCAAUGAGUUAUUUUGAAAUAACUCCUUUUAUCACUAUGCUUUUGCCAAAUACCACACGCCAAAUACCAGAUUUGCAUGGUUAUACUAAACGAGAUACUUUAAUCCAAUUACUACUGAAUUAAUAUUAAAAUACCAAAUAAACAAUUAACGGUGUCUUUUGGUUGCAAAUAUUGAUAUCACCAUUACUGUUAGCUAUAAUACUUUACCAAUUAUGAUUAAUUACAUAACAAGUUUGCAAGUCAUACAAAUUGAUUUAACAUUUUGACUAGUUUUUUCAAAAAAAUAAAGUAUAUAAAUACGAGGUAGAAAUAAAUUGGUUAAAAAGUUGAGAAAAUAUUUUAAAUUAGUGUAAUACAAUGUGUAAGUUGGUAAUGAGUAAUGAGUUAAGUUACUUGAUGCGCUGGCCCGAACAACCCGAAACCCGACCCGCCCGCAACCCGCCCGACCCAAAACCCGAUGAACCCGCAACCCGAUUUGCCCGCAACCCAAUUGAAUCCGAACCCGAUGAACCCGCAACCCGACUAACCCGCAACCCGUUUGAACCCAAACCCGAUUGAACCCAGCCCGAACCCGCCCGAACCCGCCCGAUUGACACCUAUAGUCAUCACUAUAUAGCAACGCCAUCUCGAGUUAAACUUGGCUCGAGAUGGGGUAGAUAUUUAGACCAUGCAAGAACGAGGAUGAUCAACCUUUUUGGCGCAGUUGCCGGGGAAACCUCGAUAACUAGUCGAAAACCGUCAAGUUAUUAGUUUAGCCUUUAUUUUAUUGCUUAUAUCUAUAUAGUAUUAGUAGUUUUAGGAUAUUUAAUUUUUGUUUUCUAAUUUUUUACGUCAUGGGUUGUUGAGUUUGUGUUUUGUAGUCUACUUGUAUGCGAAGAAGGAACUCUUUUGAAGUGUUACCACUUGAUACGAAGAUUGGGAGAACCCCACGCAACAUAAGGAGUAUGACAAGACUUCAACCUUCACGAAUGGCGGAACAAGAUCCUCCUCAAGUAACACCUAUAUCUAGGACAAUUGGCUCUUACUCUUGUCCAGGAAUAAGGGAUUUGAGUCACUUGUUCGAUAUCCGAACAUCAUGGGGGCAGUCUAUGAAAUCACCCCAGGUAUCAUUUCUACAAAACUGACUACCAGUUUAGCGAAACAAAAGAAGAAAUUCAUCACCAUCAUGUAGAGGAAUUUUUGGUUCUUACGGAUGGAAUCAAUGUGAAUGAAGCAGUCAGAGAAGUGUUUCGUCUUCAGCUUUUCCCGCUCUAAUUUUUUCGAAGAUGGUUUAUGAGUCAACCUCAUCACUCCAUUACCUCAUAGGAAGGACUUUGCAAUAAUUUCUUAAAUAGAUUUUAUACCCCUUCUAAGACCGCCAACAUGAGAGCUAUCAUCAAUGCUUUCAAGCAAGAGAAGCAGGAACCUUUGGGAAGGCAUGGGAGCGAUUUAACUAUUUACUCUUAAAAUGCCCUCAUCAUGAUGUUGAGGACUGUAGAGAAGUUGAGAUCUUCUUCAAAGGAGUCAAUAAUGGUGAGAGGCAACAAAUUUUGAUGACGUUGGAAGCAAUUUGAAGAAUAAUGAACAUGAUUGGAAGGAAGAACAAGAUGGGGAAGAAGUCGAGAUUCCCAACUCAACCACUUCUACUUCAUUCUCACCACUUGGUAAUAAGAAUGACACAAUGGAGGAAGUUAAUGACUUACUCGCAACCUCUAAACAAAAGCAAAGAGAUGCUCAACCACCAUUACCCAUCAAGAGUAUCGUAAAGAUAAUCUCAACUGAGGACGAGAUAAAUUCACAAGAUUCAAGCACUCAAAAGGAAUCACCUCCCUUAACAAGUGCCUUGUGGUCGACUUUAGAGCCUACUGCUAAUAGAGAACACCUGUCAUAUAGAGAGGCAUUCAAUCAAAUGGAGGGAAGUGAAUAUGACUUAGAGGAUUGCAUGAUUCAUUUUCCGGAUGUCAUUGAUCAAGGCUUCAGCCGAAUGAAAGUAGUAGAGGAUUUCAUGGGGACGGUCAUGGACAGAGAUUAAGAAUUAGAUUAUUGUAUAGAGAAUACAUAUGGAAACAUAGAAAAUAGAGAAAACAUAAAAAGGUAAACACAUGGAAUAUAUAAAAAAAACAUAGGGAACAGAAGCAACACAUGAAAGUGAAUACAUCAAUUAAAUAUAGGCAACAUCCCUAAAAAUAAGGAAUACAUCAAGAAAACAUAUGGAAUAAAACAAUACUGCUCUCCUCCAUGUCUUGUCCAGAGAUGCUCAACCAAAUCAUUUCUCAAUUCGUGGUGUCCUUGGUGAUCAUGAAUCCUAUUAUGACUUGCCAUUUACUCCAUUAGAGUCGGGAUGUUAUGAUCGGGUGGAUCCCAUGUGACAUUUGGAUUAGUAUCAUAUUCAACAUUCUCCACCAACCCAUCUCUACUCUCAUAUUGUUGAUCUUCCACUAUCAUAUUGUGCAGAAUAAUACAAGUUACAUAAUCUCACCAAGUGUUUGCACGUCCCAUAAAUAAAUUGCACCUCUAACAAUGACACAUCUUUGUUAUAGCAUACCAAAGGCCCUCUCAACAUAAUUGUAGUAAGCCUCUUGGAACUUUGCAAACAACCUCAUUUCCUGACUGUUUGGAUUACUAACAGUCCUCACAAAUGUAGCCCAUUUAUGGUAUAUUUCAUCAGCCAAGUAAUAACAUUGAUCAUAUGUCAUACCAUUUACCUCAUAAAUGACCUUAGGAAAAAGUCUUUUAACUACUUGAUCAAAAAGUGGGGAUACUCCAAGAGUAUUGAUGUCAUUGUUUGAUCCAGGUGUCUCGAAAAAGGCAUGUCAAAUCCAUGUGUCGUACGAUGCUACACUUCGAGAAGGCGAAAAAUUCUUCCAUUUCAGUGCUUGCAAUCAAUUGAAUCAAUCAUACCCGAAAACCCACGUUAUGCACAAUGAUCAAGAAAGAGGCAAAGAUUUUCAACCAUUGGUGCACACAAGUACUGAUGACUGUAAAUGUUGGUGAUGGCAAAGCAAAAAUUCAUUAGUAACUCUAGUGUGGUGCGCUCACCCAUUCGAAAGGUCUCGUCCAAAGAGUUGGCCGAACAUUUAUAUGAAAGCAUUCGGAAAACACUAGUAAACUUUUGGUGUGUAGAUAAUUAAUUACGACCAAAAGCAUCUUUUUCUUAUCUGAAGUAUGCAUCAUGUUGAAUAACAUCAUUCAUGAUGUGGUUGAAUAAGGAAGGGGCAUCUGAUAUCACCUUCUGAUUCUACCUAGCAGCGGAAAAAAGGGUGAAACCGUAAAGCGUAGAAGCGAAGCGUAAAAGCGUAAGUAUUUUAUGCAUUCUAUAAAAUAGUUAAAAAUCU